UCUGCUGCCCUCGCCCAAAUGCACCACUACCAAGCGUGCUAUCCGAUCCCGGAGCACCACAAAUGACCAAAAUCAUAGUUUUGCGGGGAAUUUUAGUGUUUGACUUUGGAAUGUAUCGACCAUGAUUCACGCGUGAUGGAUCUUGAUGACUGGGACAACGACGGAUGUUACUGUAACAUAGAUCAUUGUUAAGACUUAUAAGGACUGAGUUUGGCUACUUCAGCCGUUUCUCCUGCAGAGCUGAUCUCUUUGGCUGGCUUGCUACUUCCCUCACCAGGGGAGAGCUGGCAGGGCAACCCAUAUUCAGAGGUGAUGAAGCCUCAGGAGGGCGUGCUAGUCACUGAAAUCUCCAAGCUCCAGGGCAUUGUGUCGGAGCUGAAGGCGGGCUUCUCCAACGCUCUGCAUGAGCUGAGUCAGAUCCAGCAUGGGGACACCUUCCUCCGGGAGGAGCUGGAGGAGAACCGGCGCAGCUGUGAGAAGAAGGCCCUCCACCUGGAGGCGCUGGUGCAGUCCUUGAGGGACGAGCUUGGAGAGAUGCGUUGCCAGAUUUUGCAGCUGUGCUGCAGCAGACAGAUACCUCGACAGGAAGCAAAGGCCCCUGAUAGGGGGCCGGGCCCCACGGCCAAGCAGAGAGAAACUGACUCAGGGCCUGAGGCAGGAAGGAGCCACUGUGAGUGUUUUUCCAGCCCACCUGUGUCGUCCCCCAGGGGCAGAGUCCUCCUCCACUGCUACCUGCAGGGGCUCAAAGCUGGGCUGUGUGAGGCUACAGAGGAACGACAGCAGCUGACCGCACAGCUUCUGCACUCAGAAUGGGAGUAUGUGUCGAUCUUAAACCAGCUCUACGACAAGUACAAGACACCGCCUGUCCUGCAAAGCAACCUGGAACCAUAUCAGACAUUUCUAAAGUUCGUGGAACAGCUGUUACAGCGACACCUGCUCUUCAGGAACACUCUGGAGGAGAGACUUUCAGCACAACACUGGAAAUGCCUUGUCGGAGACAUAUUUGUUCAACUCAUCGGCCAUAACGAUUCAUCCUUUACAGACACGUAUCAUGGAUACACAAGCACCCUGGCUGCCUUCCUCUCUUUGGAGUUUGACAGGAUUAAGCUCUCUAAGAAAAUGCACACCAUGCAGAGCUGUGAGGUGGAGAGGGAGGAACUGAAACUGCUGUCUCUGCUGCUGGCUCCUGUCUCCCGGGUACACAGUUACCUCAGCCACAUUCAGAGUUUGCUGCAGUGGACAGGGAAGGAGCACCCAGACUCCACCCUGCUCCAGGGGAGUGAGCGCGUGCUGAGGAACAUUCUGUCCCGUUGUCAUGUGAUUCUGGAGGAGGACGUCCGAUGGGGAGAAGGUGGAGUAGCUGGACUGAGCGUCUGCUCUGAGUCAGUGCCAGCGUGCUCCGGAGCCCACAGCUGCUCUGAGUCAGUGCCAGCGUGCUCCGGAGCCCACAGCUGCUCUGCCAGGAAGCCCACCCGGGAGCAGCCCAGGGGCGCUCUGCAGAGACAGGACCAACACCAUGGCAACCUCUCCAACGGCCUCUCCAACGGCUGCCAUCCUAGUGGCUGGUCUCACAGCCUGAGGAGGAAGAGCUGCAUCAGAGACAGGACCCUCCAGGACUGUGGGCCCCCUCGCCCGGGGCCCCCUUGCUGCCUGCUGCACCCCGGGGAGCAGGGCUGGACGGGGGAGAUGACCAGCGACUCGGGCCAGGGCACCUCCAGCCAGGCCGCCAACGGCGCCAGCCGCCUGGACACGCCCCACGCGGGCCACAGCCCGGAGGACGGCGAGACGGACGAAGCGGGCGACGCGUCCGUGUUCGACUACUCCUCCGUGACCUCCUGCAGCCCCGACGGAACCCUCCGCAGCGGGGCGGAGGGCAGCAACAGCGGGGAGGAGGAAGAGGAGGAGGAAGAGGACAGUCAUGUGCCGGUUCUCCUUAAACCCUCCUCCUACCCCCAGCAGCAUCUGAGGGACACCCCCAGGGAGCGCACCGUGUGCCUGCGGUGGCAGAUCCCCAGGCUGACCCCUCACCCCCUCCAAAGGCCCUGUCUGGAGGGCUCGGCCCCUGGCCUGGGGACCUCGUACGGAAAGAGGAAGGUCAGCAUCCGACAGGGCUCUCCUCCUCUUCUACCCAACAGUGCCUUCAGGCCAAUCUGGGACGAGCCUUACAAGCAGGGAGAAGCUUCUCCAGUGAAGGAGAACCCUCAGGGCUUUGUCCCCAUCCAGACUCCCGAGAGGCAGGUGUUUCCCAACUACCACCAGACCCAGAGCUGCAGGUCGGGGGUGGAGGCGCCCCCCUUCCAGGACCAGCAGGGGCGCGUCCGACUGGCCAGGCGGCCGGGCGUGUGGGACGAGAGCGAGGACAGCGAGGGGCCCUGCAGCACCGUGUGAAACACGGCCGCACACGCCGCCCUCUGCCCAGACCUGCCCCGCCCCAGCACCCCCCCUCCCUCCCAGGGGCACGGACACGCGACAGCAGGGGGACCCCCUCAACUUUUUAGGAUCCCGAACUCUUCAAGAACACCAGCAGAUAUUCUCUUUCCCAGUGCUAUGCUGGACGGCCGUCAGGUCAAAUAAGACACGGGGCGAGUGGACAAAAUAGUAAGUACAAAAUAAGACUGGGUGAUUUAUUAAUCUCAUCAAGACCAUUAAUACAAAGCACAGUUAAAAGGCCACAUACCACCGAAUAAACCAACCGCAGGAUCAAGCUGUUACAGUGCCACAGAGGACAUCGAAUCUGGACAGGGGGAAGAAAAGGGCAAAACAACACAUCAAUACUGACGUCAUGGGGAACCGAGGUGCCAUGGGCAAAGAGGAAGUGACAUCACUGGUGUAGUCAGAAUCCCAUUGGUGUUUCCGCUGUGUGGGGACAGGAGGGGGGUGGGGGAGGAGAAGGAGGAGGAAGGGGGAGUGAAGGCUACAACUCGUUUCUGCCCUGAUCCAGGUAGGACGUUGACUUUACCAGUAGUACAGGACCAUGGUCAUCGUGCACGCCGUCGACACACAUGGCCUUCAACACUGCGGCUCUUCAACAGCACAGUCUAAAGUGCACAAAGUCUGUUCUCAGAAAAACAAAAAGGUCAAUUCUUCACUAUGCUCAUCACGUAACAUAUAUAUUUACACACUCAACGCAAACCGUAAUACAAUUCCAUCCUCAAGUAUUAGCGUUUGAAAACCUAUGAAAACGCCGUCCACAUCAAAAGGCAUUUAGUAAGAUGUACAAAGUGAAGCACACGUCCAUGGAAGUGCUUGGCAUGUCUUGACUGUAUAUUUCCAUUCCUUUAAAACAGUGGUUGGGAAGAGAGGGAGACAGAGAGAGACAGAUUUACACAGAGAGAGAGAGAGAGCGAGAGAGAGAGCGAGAGAGAGAAUGGCUUUCCUCUGGUUAUAGUCCCAGGGUGUAACACUGGGGAUUGUCUUGAAGUGACUGAGUGACGGUGACCUCUUCCGUUAAACAGGAGCGUCGCUGGCUGGCUAUGCUGUAGCUGACCAGACAGAUGCUGGGGGCGGGGAGGGGUGCAAGACAACAA